CUGAAAUGGCUACCAAGUUUCUAUCAUUGACGUGCAUACGUGGAACCGGUGCCGGUGACGGCUACUCCCGAGGGUUGUCACCGAGGCCACACUAUCCGUCUAUGCCCAAGUACCCAAAGGGGGUGUCGUCUGAAUCUGAUGUGGAGGGUAAUAUGGAAAGACUGGAAUCUAGGGUUCUCUUGUCGGUCACCGGAAUGACUUGUUCGGCUUGUGCCGGAUCGGUGGAGAAGGCGGUGAAGCGGUUGCCGGGAAUCAAAGAGGCUGUUGUGGACGUGUUGAACAAUCGAGCUCAGGUCAUGUUUUAUCCUAGCUACGUCGAUGAGGAGACUAUUCGUGAAACCAUUGAAGAUGUUGGGUUUGAGGCUACACUCAUUAUGGAGGAGACAAAUGAAAAGUCUACUCAAAUAUGUCGAAUGCUCAUCAAAGGAAUGACUUGCACUUCUUGUUCUAGUACGGUGGAGUCUGCUUUGAGGGCUGUACAUGGAGUACACAGAGCCCAAGUUGCAUUAGCAACUGAAGAAGCCGAAGUCCUCUACGAUCCUAUGAUUGUGAGCCAUGGCCAGCUCUUGGAGACCAUAGAAAACACUGGAUUUGAAGCCAUAUUGAUCAGCACAGGGGAAGACAGGAGCAAAAUACACUUACAAAUUGAUGGACCAUGGACUGAUGGUUCCAUGAGGAUGAUUGAGAAAUCUCUUCAAGCACUUCCUGGGGUUGAAAAAAUUGAAAUCGAUACGAACCUCAGAAAGUGUUCCCUUUCUUACAAAGCAGAUUUGACAGGCCCUAGAAAUUUCAUUCAAGUGAUCGAAUCAACCGGAUCCGGGCGGUUCAAGGCCAAGAUAUUUCCUAAAGGAGGAGGGAGAGAUUCUCAUAGACAAGAAGAAAUCGAGCAGUAUUACAGAUCUUUUAUGUGGAGUUUGGUUUUCACCGUUCCAGUGUUCUUAACCUCCAUGGUGUUUAUGUAUAUACCUGGACUCAAACACAUUCUGGAUUCCAAGAUCGUCAAUAUGAUGACUGUAGGCCAUCUUGUAAGAUGGAUAUUAUCUACUCCAGUUCAGUUUUUUAUUGGCCGUAGGUUCUACACUGGUUCCUACAAAUCAUUGCGCCAUGGUUCUGCAAAUAUGGAUGUUCUGAUUGCCUUAGGAACAAAUGCAGCCUACUUCUAUUCAGUUUACUCUGUGUUAAGAGCUGCUGCUUCACCACAUUUUGAGGCUACUGACUUCUUUGAGACAAGUGCAAUGCUCAUUUCAUUUAUUCUUCUUGGGAAGUAUUUAGAGGUUAUGGCAAAGGGAAAGACAUCUGAGGCUAUUGCGAAGCUUAUGGACUUGACUCCCGAUACAGCAACACUUCUGAGUUUUGAUAGUGAAGGGAAUGUUAUAAAUGAAGAAGAGAUAGAUAGUAGGUUGAUUCAAAGGAACGAUGUGAUAAAAAUCAUUCCUGGUGCUAAGGUAGCUUCGGAUGGUUUUGUUACUUGGGGACAAAGCCAUGUAAAUGAGAGCAUGAUCACUGGAGAAGCUCGACCAGUGGCCAAGAGGAAGGGUGACCCUGUGAUUGGGGGAACGGUGAACGAGAAUGGGGUUUUGCACAUUAAGGCGACACGUUUGGGAUCAGAAAGUGCUCUUUCACAAAUAGUUCAACUUGUUGAAUCUGCACAGAUGGCUAAAGCUCCAGUUCAGAAAUUGGCUGAUCGCAUCUCCAAAUUCUUUGUGCCACUGGUUAUCGCUCUUUCCCUUUCCACUUGGCUUGCCUGGUUUGUUGCUGGAAAGUUUGAUGGCUACCCGAAGUCUUGGAUACCUUCUUCCAUGGAUAGCUUUCAGCUUGCUCUCCAGUUUGGAAUCUCUGUUAUGGUCAUAGCAUGCCCGUGUGUGUUAGGCUUGGCAACUCCAACAGCUGUAAUGGUUGGUACCGGAGUUGGGGCUUCUCAAGGCGUUCUUAUAAAAGGAGGCCAAGCACUAGAAAGUGCACAUAAGGUGAAUUGCAUCGUCUUUGAUAAGACUGGGACUCUUACAAUCGGCAAGCCAUUGGUUGUUAACACGAGACUCUUGAAGAAUAUGGUCCUCAGGGAAUUCUAUGGAUUGAUUGCUGCAGCUGAGGUGAACAGUGAACAUCCUUUAGCCAAGGCUAUUGUAGAAUAUGCCAAGAAAUUUAGAGACGAAGAGAACCCUGUUUGGGCAGAAGCACAAAACUUUGAAUCCAUAACCGGCCAUGGUGUGAAGGCCAUUGUUCAGAACAAAGAAAUAAUCGUGGGAAACAAGAGCUUGAUGUUAAAGAAAAAAAUUGAUAUCUCCAUUGAUGCUGAAGAAAUGCUUACAGAAAUCGAAGGGUUGGCCCGGACUGGAAUUCUUGUGUCUAUAGAUGGGAAACUGACUGGAGUUCUUGCCAUAUCUGAUCCAUUAAAGCCCGGUGCUCGUGAAGUCGUCUCUAUACUCAAGUCCAUGAAAGUCAAAAGUAUAGUGGUUACCGGAGACAAUUGGGGAACUGCAAACUCCAUUGCAAAGGAAGUUGGAAUUGAUGAUGUCAUUGCCGAAGCCAAACCGGAGCACAAAGCAGAGAAAGUGAAGGAACUACAGGCAUCAGGGCUUGUAGUGGCAAUGGUAGGAGACGGGAUCAACGACUCACCAGCACUAGUCGCUGCAGAUGUUGGAAUGGCUAUAGGUGCUGGCACAGACAUAGCCAUCGAAGCAGCCGAUAUAGUCCUGAUGAAAAGCAAUCUAGAAGAUGUGAUCACAGCCAUUGAUCUAUCAAGAAAAACAUUCACCCGAAUCCGUCUGAACUACAUUUGGGCUUUGGGUUACAACCUUCUAGGCAUUCCAAUUGCUGCUGGCAUUCUUUUCCCAUUCACUGGAUUCCGGCUGCCACCAUGGGUUGCCGGAGCUGCCAUGGCCGCCUCGUCAGUGAGCGUCGUUUGUUGCUCGCUGUUACUGAAGAAUUACAAAAGGCCCAAAAUUCUGGAGACAUUGGAGAUACAAGGAAUAGCAACCGCUUGAAUGAUUGUAAAUAUAAGGUAAACAGAAGUGGUUUUAAUGUGGCAAAUGAGCAUGUUUUGUGUAGUUUUGUGCAUAUGUAAUAAAAGUAGUUUUGUGUAG